GAGUCUCUGAUAAGUCGCAAAAUUUUCGCACACAAAAACUACCACCCUUUGCUAGAUGGUGGGUAUUCUCGUGGACAGGAUAGAAAAAAAACACUACCGAGCAAGAGAGCACCCAUUUGGGUGAAUGAAAGUGUCUCCCCCUUCGACUGGAUGGCGGCGCGCUGCGACUGAAGCAGAAUCGGGAAAAACGGGUCAGCCCAGUAGUUAGUAUCGCCGUGGUUGUGCUCCGAGAAGCAAGUGUCGUAGUUCCAUCCCCUCUGGAGUGUGUGAACAGAUCAGUGAGACAGUGAGUGAUUUACUGCCCUGUGAAAAGACGUCCCAGAAUGGAAGCUGUGAUCGUACCGCGAUAAUUCAUUUUUUUUUCUCGGCUCGUUCACCGAAGUGUAGGAAAAUGUGAUUGAGUCAGAUAAUUGAGUUUAGUCUGGUAGCGCUGGAAUUUCUCGGUGCAUGUUUUCAGUGAAACGUUAGAUUUUGGAACGGAAAUUGAAUUUUUCGUAGCCUGUGGAAAAUUCGUUCAAUUGGGAAUUUAGUGCGCCAACGUGAGUGGUGGGGCAGGUGAGGCGGUGGCCAUGGGUAGUAAUACUACGUCGAUGUGACUGCGACUUUUUUGGCAUCGACAUUUCAUGUGGACGUGUGUAUGUGUUAUUGUGUACGGCGAAAGGCUAGCAGGAAGCGUUUUUGAAUUGGCUAAUAUGUGUUGGUACCGUGCCAGUGAUAACAGACCAGUGUGAAAACUCACACAAUCGAAACAAAGAGGACAUCAGUCCCCCCGACCAGGAUUUGUUCUCCGGUGUCUGUGUUCGUAGUUUUCUACUUUAUCUUAUCUGAAGCUACUUCUUGGUGCUACUCGUCGGAUCAGGAAGUAAAGUGCUACCGUACACUCUCACUUGAGUGAAAGUGAUUUCGGGUGUUCUCUCUAAGAGGAGAAAAAAUUGUGUCCAAAAGUUGUCCUUUACAUCGAAUCAGUGCAAUCAAGGAUUACUUAUACUCCCAUACAUAAUGGAUAGCUCACCGGAUCUGUCCUUGAAGCUACGUCGUGGAUCUAGCGAUUCGCGUGAUUCAUUCUACAUGGAUUUUGCACAAGGCAUCGACUCGGACAUUGAAGACGUGACUUGUGCUUCCGGUGGAGCAAUCUCACUACCUCCCAGUGGAUCCCAGACGGGAGGGAGUGUCACUACGCCAAGCACUUUGGCACCCAGCAUCCCAGAUGUGACAGUGCUAUCAGCAUGCGGUACCAGUCACUCCGGCACCGGUAUCAUCCCAGAAGACCCGGAGGAUCUGGAUGACGAUACGGAACUGGAACCGGUUCCGCCUCCGAUGCCGGAUCUUGCCGAUCAUCCUUCCGUUGUAGCUGGACUGGGAUUGCCACUGCCUCCGUUGCCGUGUUUGGAUAUAGACGACAGGGAUAUGGAGCUUCCACUGCAACCAAUCAUGCCAUCUCCAUCGGUGCCCCAGAACGCGAUCGUAUCGCCCGAAACGUUCAGCAAUCAAUCGUCUCCGGCACCAUCGUUGCAGCACCUAGCAGAGACCACCUCAACGCCAAAUGUCGACUUCCAACCGGAAGUGCCACCCCACCCGCCGGUGCCCGAAGAAUUCCCGCUGCCUACGGACGAAUCCCGAGUCGGGUCAUCGGUGGACACGGCGAGUAAAACCCACCAUGAAACAUCUUCCUCCACUUCGUCGGCUUACCAGCGAAUUCAAACCCCUACGUUUAGCGUUAAAACUAAUCCAAUCGUGAUUCAACCCGGAGCAGCACCGUCGGGCAGUUCCGUAGUACUGCCAUCCCCUUCGAACCUGCACCAGCAAAGCCCCUCAGGGAUAAUGGCCGGAACAACUACCACCACCCAGCAUCUGGCCGUUCUUUACCAUUCGCACCAUCAUCAUCUGCAUCCGAUCCUGAACACCAAUCGGAGGCCGUCGCGACUGCCGGAACCGGUCUAUUACCAGCAGCGGGAGAUUAAACCGGGCGAAGCGCUGGCCACUACACUGUCCGCACUCUACGGGAAGCUGCUGGUGGUGAUGGGAAUCGCCUUCCCAAUGGCCGAAGUUAUCUCCACUUACAUUCCGCCUUCGUUUUAUGAGGGUUUCUAUCUGUACCUUUACAUCGGUAGUAUGGUGUUUCUAUUUUUCAUGUACACCACACUACUCUGGGGACGGCCGAAAACUCCGGUAGCCUCGCCGGUUAAACUAUCAUCUAGCAAAAAGGUGGCACGCCGUAGUAGCACAUCGACGGACAGUGGAGAGCGGUCCGAUAGCGAAGCAGAUACUGCAAGUUCCGAACCAAAGGUGAUGAUUCCAAUGCGACGAAUGUCCCUAUCGAAUGCAAUGUCCACCACCCGGAUUCAGCACUUUGGCAGUUUCUAUCUGCGAAUGGGUGCCGUCGCAUUUGGCAUUGGAAGCAUGAUCUACUCGGGAUUGGAAUUCGGUCAGUACUUCGAGCUGGAACGAGACACCAAGUGCCACAAUGUGUUGUUGGCACUGACCCCGGCUACCCGAAUGGCCUUCAUCUUCAUUCAGAUGUAUUUUAUAUUUCUUAACAACGAGCAAAUCAAAGUCUACCGUCACAAAAUUUUGGCUCGAUUCGGGCUGAUGCACAUGAUUGGGACCAACCUGUCGGUGUGGUUCUCGGUACUGAUUCAGGAAACGAAGCAUGAGAUUUUGACGUUUUACAACCCGGAAAAUCGAACCCUUCGGAUAUCGCACAGAUUAGGAAAUAAGCUGAUACCGCAUCCAGUAGAAACGAUUGCUCACCUGAGAGUCGCCCGAGGGCUUAAAGGUCCACACAACAUAUUCGAAUGCAGACGGUCUAACAUAAUCGGAACGCUUGUCCAGGAUGCUUCUCCGUUCCUGUUUCCAUGUACGAUCGAAUACUCCCUUAUUUGUGCUGCCAUAUUGUAUGUCAUGUGGCGUAGCAUAAGCCGACCUCAAAUGGAUCCGGUUCAACGCCAUGAAAACCUACUUCCAAUGAAACGAUCUCCACACCACUACUCGGUGGACUGUGCUGGAGCUCACAAAGGAUUGUUCAUCGGCAUUCUGAUCCUGGUGCUGACGAUCAUCUCACUAAUACUGUUCUUCGUAUUGAUCUCAAGACCAGAGUUUGUCAGCCUGGCCGUCACGGAAGUAAACAUAUGUGAGCUGACGCUGUAUGGAACGACAACCGCCGCAACCCUGAUUGGAAUGAUUCAGGUUCGACACAUGCAAUAUGAUGCCUUCCGAAGCUUCAGUCUGGAUGACAUUUUACUGGUGGGUGGGCAAACCGGUUCGUUUCUGUACAGCACCUUCACCGUUAUCGGUGGCCAGUUUAUGAUGCGUAGGGACACUGUUCUUGUCCUUAUCACCGCACUAGCUUCCCUCGUUGAAACGGCGUGCCAAACGAUGUUCAUUCUGGAUGCCAGUCGAAGAUCGGCAGCCACACAGGAACACAUACGAAAAAAACCCGGCCGGGAAAUCGUUACCUUCCUGCUCGUCAGCAACCUAGCCAUGUGGGCUAUCAAUACGCUGGAAAAGUCCCGUGCAGAAUCGCAUCCAAUACAGCUGCAUUUCUACGGCCUCUGGGCGUGGACUAUCAUAACGCACGUAUCCAUGCCGCUGGCCAUCUUCUACCGGUUCCACAGCACCGUGUGUCUAUGCGAAAUUUGGAAGCGGGCAUACAAAAUGAAACCGGCUUACAUGUAAUGUGAUCCAGAAUAAGCAUUUCCAACCGCAUAUCCACAAAUGCCAAAACCCAUUCGAUGUGAUUAGGAGUGGUGCUGAGCACUUACCCGGGACAUGAAACCGCAUACAUACUCGUUCGUUACACAUUUUGAUAAGCAAGAAAUACCUGCUCAACACUAUCGCUCAAACAGCAAGUCUCCUCUCUCGCCCUCUUUGACCCCCACACAUACACUCACUAAUCCAGUUCUAAAUUACUUCGUAACUCUUCUAUACUCGUAAUAACUGUACUCGUUCCAUGACCGUAGACUGGAUCUAUUAAUGUUUAUCCUACCAAGAUGAAGAAGAAGAAAAAGUCCUAUAGACAAUGUUAAACGAUAUAAUCAAAAGGCAAAUAUUUGAGAUUAAUGAACUGUCGACUAAAAAAAAUAAUCAACUUAUUAAAAUUGUACCUUUGAAAGACGAAGGGAUCUUGAAAUGCUCAUAUGAUAAUGAUAGAACGUUCCAAUCAAUAGUAACUACACUGUCCAAACGUACCAAGUAGAAGGUAAGAAACCAGAACCAUCAAUAGAAGCAUCCUAAAUUUACAAUAGCCCACCGGAAAGGAAACAAGUUCGAACCACUAGUUUUUACAGUAGCAGAGGUCGAAUACACUUUUUUAAUCGGAAGUUUUACAUCUUUUAAAUAGGAAUUUUAAAAACGAAAAUAUAUUGAAAAUGCCUGCGAACCAGGCUAUCCUGAUUGAGGGACAUUUCGAAACUACGUGUGUUUCGUUCGUUGUUGUUGUAGGCUGGAAAAACCGUGAAGCAUAAACAUAAGCAGUAAUACCUUCAGAAUUGGGAUUCGACAUUUUCCGGAAUACGAAUUAAAAGAAACUAAUAUAUACAACAAAUUACGUGAUCACAUAGACCGAACUAAAGUAAUCAUUUUUAUUUAAUUGAGCGUUCGAGGUAAUCGAUAAAACUAAAUUGUUAAACAAUUCGUGUAGGUUUAAUAAUAAAACCCACGAACCCGUUUUGUCACCAUGUUGUGGCAUUCUAUUGAGAAUAGCAUUUUUUUCAGGUCCGUUGCCUGGAUUCUACUUUGAGAGGGGCGCCAAAAUUUAAUGAAGGGUUCGUCGAGCAAAAUUUUACGAAAACGACAAUAGGAAGGAAAUGUCUAAAAUAUGUGUUGUCCGGCAACAUAAAAAGGAGUAGUUAUUGAAUUUGCAAUUGAAUAACCCUUAUUAUUCAUGUUCAAGAAUUUAAGGAAUUCAAGCGCCAAGGGCACAUAUCCAGCGGGCCACUAAUAAACCGAAGAUGACAAGUCUGUUUAUCCACAAAAUCCGUAAAACGUCUUGUACGAUUACUUUAAAGGAUGCAGAUGGCAUCAAAUCGAAAAGGCAAGUAAAAUUUAGAUGCGAAAGCCUAUAUCCAAUACUGAGACUAGGACCUGUUUUUGCGCUUGGUUCCCACAAAAUCCGACGACGACGUGCGUGUAACAAUGAAGUCGCCAUGUAAUACAUUUUUGCCUGAGUCAAUCUGUUGAAAUUUAUCAGUACUGAGUGUCAAAUAUGAUGAAUCUGAAGAAAGGUUACUUUCAUAAGCUAAAGCCCAAUUUUACUUGUUUAAUAAAUAUUCAGCCUCGCGAAUACUUUAUUGAUAUGGAAAAACCUAAAGUUAUUUGCUACGAUAUUUUUCCGGAGCUCUAUAAUUUUGUGAUUCAUUCAUCACGAUGCACCACCACGGCAAGAAUUGACGUAACAGUUUUGUUUUUCCUUUUUAUUGCACUCUAGAUUGAAGUGCUCGUCCUCGGCCAAAAGGAACCGUCUACAACUAAAAGCCGUCAGUAAGCAACCACUUGGUUAUUGUCACGACCACGGCUUACAUAUACUAGACUAGCUCAUUAGAGUGUAAACAUUGUAGUAGCGGGCGUCAUCGAAAUCGUUAGCGAAAACAAUUAGGUGAAAUUAAUAUUUGUUUUGUUCCUAAUACGUGAUUAUUGAACAAAAAUUUAUAGUUCGUGGGAAUCGCGUACUGAUACACAACCAAGCACUGCUAGGCCACAUGUAAAACUGACUCUGACAUCGCUUCGCUAAAAGUUUAAUAACUUCUUUAACAAAGCCGGAUUGACUAGCACUCUUCGACAAAGUUGUAGACAAUUAAAUUAUUUUUCUUAUUUUCACUUACAAUGAUAAAACGAUGCAUGCAGUGCCACCUAGCGGCGAAAAUAUGAGCUAGUGGGUUUAUUUCCAUGCAAAUUGCUCAAAAAUCCCAAAUAAAAUUCAGGCACGUUGGUCCGGUUCCUGGACUUGACCGAUUUGCUUCAAAUUUGAUGCAAGUACUUCUGGUGGGACUAGGAGUCGACUCAGAGGUGGGCCGAUUGCGAAUUCGAAAAUUAAUUAUUUUUCUGGGCAGUCUACUGGUCGUUCAGUAGAUCACACAUGGCCUGCGAGGAUGCCUCGACGACCUGCAAAGGACGAUUUCUAAGACUCAGUUCAUCUGUCUGGCGUUACAGACAUCGUUGUUUGGACACUGGUAUUCGAGGGACGCCGCUAGCGGCGAUAACAACCGGAUGGUUGGUCUGACCUUUCGGGUUGAUAUACCAUCCCAACCGAUCUUUGAAUGCCGAACUAAUAGCUGCCGUCCGGAGGGUCGAAUAUUCAGUUCAGUGUACCGUCAUAUCCCUAUGUAUUCCCGCGGAACUCACUCGGAAUAUGGGCUGCAAACUUCAGCGGAUCAUCGACCAAGAGUUAAGAUCCCAUUCCUCAUUAUGUUAGAUGUAAAUAGGCACCACACGAUGUUGGGCUCACAUUUCUGCAAUAUAACAGGAAACGACAUCGCCGCAGUAGUCAAAAACAACAACGCCGUCGUUCUCAAUGACAAAGCUGAUGAUUUCAGAAUGGCCAGAAACGAGACCAGAAAAGCGAGAUAAGUUGCAAAAAUACCAGUUGGACCAGCUUUUAAUAAGAUGUAUCUCCGGUCUCCUCCUCCGGUUGCACAGUGGUUAUACCAUUGCCAUUAACUGGAGCACAACGAUCGACCGUCGGUAACGAACUAAGAAAGCACUUUGCGUUCCUGUCUUCAGUCACCGCCCUCCCAGCUGAGUUCCUACGAAUCAAGCAAAGGAUUGAGAGCGGGCCCAUUCGUUUCGAACCUGAUUCAGGUCAAGUAUACAUCCUGCCUUUCACCAGAAGUGAAUAUUAUAUGGUAUUAGAAUCGGUAUGCGGUAAAUCUGACGGAUUGCAACACGUUAGUUAUCCUCUAUCUCGACAUUCUCCGGCAAGAGCGGUGAACCGAUGCCCGCUUCAUGGAAGAAAGCGCUAGUAAUCCCUAUCCUAAAGUGAUGUCAGGUGAACAGAACACCGGAUGAUUUCCGCCCAAUUGAGUUACUCCCCUGCUUUGGCAAGGCGAUGGAGCUAAUAGUCAACAGACGGUUGAUGAUCCUACUAGAGGAGCGCAAACUCCUGGAUCAUCGGCUGUUCACGUUUCGUCGUGGGGUAGGAACCGGAGCCUACCUCGCCAGCUUCCGAGAGGUGGUACGCCAGUCCGCAGCCGACGGCCGCCAUGCCAGUUGGCUAGAGUUAACCAACUGGGGGAUCUCGGUACAGUGAGCCACUUCCUAAACUCUUCGUUCGCCAGCCUGCCGGCAUAAAAAUAAGUUUUAGUUUAGGCCGACAACAUCGUGUUGGUCGUUAUAGGAAGGACCAUCGGACGAACUCGUCGUAAAUUUCAAGCCACCGCAAGCGCGAUGAGCUGACAUGGCACCUGCCAAAAGCGUGAUUACACACUGCUGCAACGCAAAUCAUAUUGCAACAGAUAGGCCGAUCCUGCUGGACGGGGCGGUCGUUCCCUGCCGUAAGGAACAGAAGAUCCUGGGGAUAACCAUGGACCGUUGGCUCACUUUCGCGCCACGCUUCCAUUGAACAUUAGCCAGGCGCUAGUCCACAGCAAGAUAUUCUACGGGGUUGAACUGACGUCCUGCAACACGGAAGGGUUCGUCGACCUUUUCAGUCCUCCACGGAACAAUUAACGCUGUCUCUGACCUGUUACCCAGCACACCUGCUGAAGCAGCCUGCAUGGAAACCGGGAUUCUCCCUUUUCGUUGCGCGACUGCACUCACCAUCGCUAGAAGAGCAUUGGGAUUUCUAGAACGUAUAGCCGGAGAGGACUGCUUUCCGCUACAGACAGCUAAUGAGAUUCAUCCGGAAUGCACAGACGUAGUUUUAUCAUCAACCGCCCGCUUACACCGAAUUCGUGACCGAACCUGGCACGCCCUCGGACCCAACCUGGACACAAGUCUGCUAAACUGAAGGCUGGCGCUGCUGAUAGUGAAGUCAGAGCCAAAUAUAAUCGACUGAUGGCCAUCAGGUAUAGGGUUCACGUUCGGAUUUUCACCGAUGGCUCUAAGAUUGGAGAUGAGGUCGGAAUAGGAGAAAGUGGAAUAGAGUAAGGGCUCUUUAGACGUCAGCUGUCGCAUUCGCCAUGGUCCAGAAACCAGGAGAUUGAGUUGGAAAAAUCUCGCCAUCCCUUCAUACAGGCCAUUGAGGCCGAGUUUGACGCACUGACAACAAUUUCCUGGGUCCCCAGUCACUGCAGCAUUGACGGAAACGAAAGGGCUGACCGAUUUACGACCAGAGGGAGGUCCCAGCAGUAGAUAUUUUAGACAAGUUGAGUCAAAGAUAGCUGAAACUUUCGUGUGUCAUUGGCACAGUAAUGCCGGGCACCUGCAUCGCAUCAAAGGUUCGCUAGGCCGCUGGACAGAUCAUACCGAUACAAUAGAACAUCGAGUACUGUCGCGGCUCAGAGUUGGGCAUACGAAAGUCUCCCAUGCCGACACCAUAUCGCGUGUCCCUCCACUAACAUGUGUUACAUGCGCGGCUCGAACCACGGCGGAACAUAUUUUAGUGAACUGUCCGGAGUUCGGCAACAUCCGGCACCAUUAUAUUCUACCGCGUCUACCUAGGAAUCUUAUUUACGGCUGACGUGAGCCGUGAAAUCCGAAGACGCAUAAUCAGUGGAUCAGUGGCUCCAGAAGAAACUGCGGUCAAGAAAGAUUCACCCCACCACCAAAUGCACCAUGUACAAAACGCUUAUAAGACCGGUGGUUCUCUACGGGCACGAGACUUGGACCACGCUCGAGGAGGACCUGCAAGCGCUAGGAGUUUUCGAGCGACGGGUGCUAAGGACAAUCUUCGGCGGUGUGCAGGAGAACGGUGUGUUUUUUUUUUUUUUUUUACAAUGGAGAAGACCUUUAUGUCCUAGCCCAGUACACGUGCUAACGGUAG